AUGCUGCACGGAGUCCGCUCUUUUGCUUCUGCUGGGUUGCUAGCCACGCUGGCCGUGGCGUUCCCAGUGCCUUUUUCUACUUCUACGACCGCUGCGACCUCAUCCUCUACUUCUGCGUCGACAGACAGACUGGUUUUCUGUCAUUUCAUGGUGGGUUUGGUUGGAGACCGCCAGAGCUCCAGCGACUGGGACGACGAUAUGAUCAAUGCGAAGGCUCUAGGAAUAGACGCAUUUGCCCUGAAUAUCGGUACCGACGACUUCACGAAUACACAAUUAGGAUACGCAUACGAAUCCGCAGCCUCUGCUGGCAUGAGCUUGUUUAUUUCGUUCGACUUCAACUGGUUCGCUACCGACCAGGGAAGUACUGUUGGCAGCAUCGUUGCCAAUUAUGCUGGUCAUGCGGCACAGCUGAAGGUUGACGGAAAGCCUUUCGUCUCCUCAUUUGAUGGUGACGGUGUAAAUAUCGAGGCGAUUCGAUCUGCUGCUGGUCAGGAUAUCUUCUUCGCACCGAACUUUCAUACAGAAGACAUCGACUUCGAUACUGUGGACGCAGCCUUCAACUGGAUGGCCUGGCCUAGUAAUGGGGAUAACUUUGCGCCUGCCGCAGGCCGCCAUGUGUCUGUCACUGACGGUGAUAUCUCCUAUCUGAGCUCAUUGUCUGGAAAGCCUUAUAUUGCUCCUAUGUCCCCGUGGUUUUCUACGCACUACGGAGCUGAGGUGUCUUACAGCAAGAACUGGGUUUUCCCGGCUGAUAUGCUCCCAUUUCAUCGUUGGCAAGAGAUCUUGACUCUAGGGCCUCGCUUCGUGGAGGUUAUUACUUGGAACGACUACGGAGAGUCUCAUUACAUCGGACCAUUGUCGUCUCCCCACACUGAUGAUGGCGCAUCCAAGUGGGUCAUGGACAUGCCUCACGACGGAUGGCGAGACAUGAUGAAGCCGUUCAUCGCCGCCUAUAAAGCCGGUGCCACUGAUCCAUCCGAGUAUGUCACAGAUGACCAGCUCGUUUAUUGGUAUCGCCCUACACCGAAGACAGUAGACUGCGACUCAACCGACACAACUAUGUCAGGCGGCGCGAACAACUCAACCGGUCAAUUCUUCGAAGGCAAGCCGAAUGGAUGGAAUCAGCUGGCGGACGAGGUCUUCGUUGUCGCGCUGCUCAAAUCAGCCGCCACAGUUGUCGUUCAGUCUGGCAGUAAUUACCAACAAACAUUCCAAGCACCGGCCGGUAUCAGCGCUUAUUCUGUUCCCAUGGGCAUCGGCCAACAGAAGUUCUCGGUCACCCGGGGUGGCCAAACUGUUCUGUCUGGAACCAGUCUGAAGGAAAUCACCGACACUUGCCCUUGUGGAAUCUACAACUUCAAUGCUUACGUAGGAACCCUACCUGCGCCCACGACUCUUGAUCAGCUCCAGCCUGAGGGUCUCUCUCAGUUGACCGCCGGCCUCAAAACGUCCUGCCCGGCUAAUACUCUCAGUGUAGGGACGUCAACCGCCACGGCCAGCGGUUGA